UUUAAAUCUAAAUAAAUAAAAGACUAUUGCGUCUUUUAUCAACUUUUAGCUUAAAAAUAAAUAAAUAUGUGUGCAUUAACAAACUAAAACCGGCCGGUGUUGAUGAAGAUUUCUGCCUACAUCCCGCACACAGUUUGUUGCAGAAAAAUUGCUUCACAAUGGAGGUGAAGCAGCGAGAAUUGUUAUACCGACUUGUAAUAAGUCAGCUGUUCUAUGAUGGUCACCAACAAUUAGCUGUGAGUCUAGCAAACCUCGUAAAGGCUCACCCAGCCUGCCCACCAUCUGACAGACUGCUGAAGGUGAUCAAACUGGGACUUAAAGUUGAAGAAGAGGAGACUGGUGAGAAGGCAUUCAAGACAGAUUUUGUCACCCCUGGGUCCGGAAUUGAUCUGGAGUUUGAAACUGAUGUUCAGACAAUAUCAGCAGAGGCAGCGCUGUAUGAAACAUGCUAUGUCACAUCACACAAAAGUGCCUGCAGAGUGGCGACUUUCCACCCGACUGGGCAGCUGAUUGCAACAGGAUCGGAGGAUACUUCAAUCAAGAUUCUGGAUGUAGAGCGUAUGUUGGCCAAGAGUGCCACACCCCCAGAGGUGAUUGCUCAGGAGACACCCCAACAGGCCAUGGAAAACCACCCAGUUAUACGUACAUUAUAUGACCAUGCUGGGGAGAUCUCAACACUUGACUUCCACCCCCAUCACCAGAUUCUUGUCUCCGGCAGUAAGGACCACAGUGUUCGCUUCUUUGAGUACUCUAAACCCUCCGUGAAGAAGGCAUACAAGAGCAUACAGGAGGCUGCAGAAGUUAGGACUGUGGCAUUCCACCCAAGCGGAAACUUCUUAUUGGUCGGAACAAGUCAGCCAACAUUGCGGAUGUAUGAUGUGAAGACAUUUUCCUGCUAUGUUGGAAGGAAUCCAAAUGAUCAACACACAGCGGCAGUCACUUGUGCCAAGUACAGUCCCAAUGCCAACCUAUACACAUCAUGUUCCAAGGACGGCAAUAUCAAAGUAUGGGACUCUGUAUCGGGGUUGUGUAUCAACACCUUUAAAAACGCCCAUGAUGGAGAGGAAGUCUGCUCUGUACAGUUUACAAGGAACUCCAAGUACAUUUUGUCAAGUGGGAAAGAUAGCAUGGUGAAACUGUGGGAGCUCUCAACUAAUCGCUGCCUCAUCAUCUACACAGGAGCUGGAACCAUGGGGAAACAGGAGCACAGGACUAAGUGCUGCUUUAACCACACAGAAGACUAUGUGUUGUUUCCGGAUGAAAAAACAACAAGCCUGUGUUGCUGGGAUUCCAGAAAUGCAGAGAGACAGCGCCUCCUUUCACUUGGUCACAAUGGUAUUGUCCGUUGCAUCAACCACUCCCCGACAGGUCCUGCCUUUGUGACCACCAGUGAUGACAACAGGGCUAGAUUCUGGUACAGGAAAGCAGACUCCGAUUAACACAGUGUCUGUCUCUGUCAUACAUCGUGUAUAUACUUGUAUAACAUUCAUACCACAUUUUUGGUUUUGACUUGUUAUUGAAUACAAUAUAUUUGUUUUCAUAUUUUGUAUAUAUUUUUGGCAGCAUUGAUGUUUCAAGAUGCAUGCAUGUUUUAAAAUUUAACAGAAUAAAAUACAUUGUAUACAGGUUUUUUAUGCUUUUCAGUGAAACAUUGUUAUUUUACUGCUGUUAUGUUCAGUGCGCUGGGUUGAACAUUUUUUGAGUAAUGUCACGACCUUGUUUCUCAGAUGAUUAUUAACUUACACCUCUUCAAUUGACAUUUGGCCAAAAAAUAGCAUUAAAAAACAGAAUAUUUUACUAUCUACGCAGCGAGAUCGAAAUUCAUUUCAGUCAUCUGCAACCUAUAUUGCUCAAAUCAGUUAAAUCAAAUGUCCUCGACACUAUUUCAUAUGCAUUCAUCUUGCUAAGCUCUUCAGUGUUAUAUGAAAGCUACAUGUACAUGUAUAAAGGCAGAUCUGUUGUGUACAAUUUUUGUCAACGACUACUAGUAGUUUAUAGUUUGAUCAUAUAAAGCAAGAAAUUAUCAUAAAUUGCAUGCUCUUACUGGCAUUCACAUACACAUUUAUAUGUGAACAUUUCUUCAAAAGAAGAUUAAUUAUAUACAUUUAGUUUUUGUACUUUUGUACUUGUAUGAAAAUACUUGUACAUGAAAGCAAUCUCAUAUAUAUCGACCAGUAAUUCAUUUUAAUGAAAUAGAUAUGCUUAUCUAAUUUGUUUCCAUAUAUCAAAGUAUAUAUUGUAUACAAAUUGAAUAACUGGUUUGAGUUCUUUGUAAUAAAAUGUGUUCAUUUUGUGAAAAUAAAGAUGGUCAAUGUA